CACCGGAUGUGACGUUUUCUUUCUUCCUCUCGCACUGCAAACGCGAUUAAGCUACUAAAUUAGCGAUGUCAGGUGUCGAGGAGAUCACAAAUGAACCUGUAGACGUUAAAGAAGACAAGGAGUUUGAUCUAGAGGCCGAAGACCCUCUGGAGGAUGACUACUUUGUUGACCCCACUCGAUAUAUAUUUUACAGAGACAGAAAGGAGUGGGCUGACCUGGAGCCUGUUCCUCAGGAUGAUGGUCCGAAUCCUGUAGUGAAGAUCGCCUACUCUGAAAAGUUCUCAGAUGUGUAUGACUAUUUCCGUGCGCUCCUGAAGAAUGAUGAAAAAAGCGAUCGGGCUUUCGCCCUGACAGCAGACGCCAUUGAGCUUAAUGCUGCUAAUUACACAGUUUGGCACUACAGGCGAGUACUUCUGCAAGCCCUAACAAAGGACCUGAGGGAGGAGAUGAGUUACAUUACUAAAAUCAUCGAGGAGCAACCCAAAAACUAUCAAGUCUGGCAUCACAGACGUAUGGUGGUAGAGUGGUUGAAUGACCCCUCAGAGGAAUUGGAGUUCAUCGCCGACAUUCUCAGCCAAGACGCAAAGAACUACCACGCCUGGCAGCACAGACAGUGGGUCAUCCAGGAGUACAAGCUGUGGGAGAAUGAGCUGGAGUUUGUGGAGAAUCUUCUGGAGGACGAUGUGAGGAAUAACUCUGCAUGGAACCAGCGGCAUUUUGUAAUAUCUCACACUACAGGCUUCUCUGAUCCAGCCAUAGUGGAGAGAGAGAUUCAGUAUUGUCUGAGCCAGAUCAAGAAGGCUCCCCACAAUGAAAGUGCAUGGAACUAUUUGAAAGGGAUGCUGCAAGACCAAGGUCUGUCGUCUGCGCCCGGCCUGCUGCAGAGGGUCCUUGAGCUGAAGGAGACACACUGUUCACCUUAUCUGCUAGCGUUUCUGUUUGAUUGCUACGAGGACGUCUUGGAGAACGGCAGCCAGAAAGAAAAUGUGUCUGAAGAGGAGCAAAAGGAAACUCUAAGAAAGGCUCUAGAAAUUUCUCAGCUUCUGGCCCAGGAGAAGGACACCAUCCGUAAAGAGUACUGGCUGUUUUUGGGACGUUCUAUAAAGAACAAGUUUGGAAGUGGCGGCCCGUCUGACGAGCCUCUGGCCGAGGAUCCUGCACCAGCAGCCCCAGCAGCCGGGCAGCAGGAGAUGAGCUAGAACCACUGGGAGACUCUCGCACCAUUUCCACUCCUCCCCUGCUUCAUCAAUACUGUCAGCAGAACGCAACCAUGCAGUUACUGUCAGACGCUAUAAUGUGUAUGGCUGAAGGCGUUUGUUAAGGGAUUAUGCUGAAAUCAAACAGAUAUAGCUCUUACUAAAGUGUUAUUACAUAGGAUAAAGAAGUGGAUUACAUGUCAACUAUGUGUCACCUUUUUUUUCAGCCAGAAGAACUAGGACUUAAUAACUACAUAAUCAAGUUGUGUGUGUCAUUCAUCUAGAACUGGAACUCAUUUAUUUGGUUUAUUCACCUUUUGGAUUUAUUAUUAAAGGUGCUGCACACAACAUUCAGAGCAUACAGGUGCAUCUCAAUACAUUAGAAUAUGAUGGAAAAGUCCAUUUCCAGUAGUUCAAGUCAAACAGUCCCAACCAAGUAUUUAGUCAUAUAGAUGACAUACUUUUCAGAGGCCAACAUUUACAUAUUAAGCAUUUUUUAAAUUGGACAUUGUAACAUUAAACUUUUUUUGAGACACCGAAUUUUAGGUCUUCAUUAAAUGUAAGCCACAAUCAUUAUAAUUAGAGGAAAUUAGAUAAAUUAAGACAUGAAAUGUUUCAUUCUGUGUGUAAUGGAUCUACAUAAUGUGUUAUUUCCACUUUUUGAAUUGAAUCACUGACAUAAAACAAUGUUUCUAUGAUAUUCUAAUUUAUUGAGAUGCACCUGUAUUUAUGGCUCUUGUUCUCAUUCCCAACUCAUCACAUACAGACACCCGUUUUUAAUGUUCUUGAACAGAGAACCUCGUAAUGCAACACACGGAGUGUGACUUUGUCAGGUGAUGACAUUUAUGCUCUGAAUGUUGCGUACAGCACCUUUAAAGUGGCUCACUUUGUUUGGAUCUGAACACACCUUUCAUGUCUUUUUGUCUUCUAAACAUAAUCUGUGUGACAGCAGGUCCCAUAUACUGAUAAACUGUCGGUGUUUUUAUGCACUCUUAAUCAGUUUAAUGUCUGUAAGUGAUGGCAGGUCUUAUGUUUUUAUCAGUUGAGAGAGAAAGAAACUACACUAGCAGAAGCUGACAUGUUUCUCAUAUUCCUUUAUGUUGUGUUUGCAAAAAAUCUUUAAUUUAUAAGUUAGUUUUGUGUUCUGUUUUCCAAAUAACAAGGAUAUUUUUGAAUGGAUGCUUGUUGGUGACUUUAAUUGGAGCAUAGCUUGUGUGUAAAACCUCUUCAUGUAAAUCCUGGAAGGUUUCUUGGUUGUUUAGAGAAAACAUGUAAUUGUGUUUUGAUGGAGGGAAGCAGAAAGUAUCAUGAAGCAUAAGAAUAAAACUGUUUGUAGUAAAA